AUGAAUAGAUUUGAGGAAGCAUUAGGCUAUUUUUUUAGGCUAUUGAUAAACACCCUGAAAAUUGUCAUUUUUACAAUAACAAAGGUAGAUAUAUUUUACGCUAUUUUGUAGCAAAUAUUUUAUUGUAGCAGGAGUUUUGUACUAAAAUUUAAAUAAAAAUGAAGAGAUCUAAAGAAGCAAUAAAAUGUUAUGAAUUAGCUAUUAUGAAAGAUCCUGAAAAAAUCUGUUUUUACUCUAAUAAAGGUAUGAAAUUUAAAGCUUAACCUUUAUUUUAUCUUAUAAGUAAUUAUUAUUUUAGAAUAAUUGAAAAAAUUUGAAGACGAAGAAGCUUUGGAUUAUUAUGAUUUAGCUAUUGAGAAAACCCCUGAAGAAUUGGAAUAUUAUGAUAAUAAUGGUAUUAUUAUUUUUAUUCAUUUCUAAGAGGAUACAUUAUAGUAUUUGUAUAGAUUUGAUGAAGCUUUGCAAUAUUGUGAUUUAGAAAGCCCUAAUGAUUCAAGACAUUACAAUAACAAAGGUAUUAUUAACCUUAUUGAACUUAUAGCAAAUACUUUAGAUAAAUUGAAUAGAUUUGGAGAAGCAUUGGAUGAUACUGAUCAAGCCAUUUCUAGAAUCCUGACAACUCAAUCUAUUAUUUUAAUAAAUGUAAAUA